AAAGACUUCGUUGGCAAAGUCUUGUCCAUUCAUUCCCUUCAACCAGCGCCGCAACUCUUGGAUAUCGACUGUCCGCUGCACAUUCUACCCUCACGCUCCUUUGCACCACGCACAAGAACAAAGCACAUACUACCUUACCUACCAUCCUCUCUGCUGCCUCUCGCGCAUCCAGUCUCACGACCACCUGCAUCAAGUCACCAACAACACCAACAACACCAAACCCACAGAAUCAAGAUGAAGUUCUCCCUCUUCGCCGUCGCCGCCCUGCCGGCUCUUGCUCUCGCCCAGUCGACCACCACUGAGACGUCGACCACCGUCCUGACCAAGACGGUCACGCUCAAAAAGGUGCACACCGUCACCUCCGUCUCCUCGUCUGUCAAUGCCACCACCACGCACGCUGCCACCAUCUCGUCGCACUCUCUCGUCGGCACUGGCGUCACCACGACCUACUACCAGCCUACCGCUCCGCCCAGCACCGGUGCGCCUGUCGCCUCCGCUACUGCCACCAAGGGCCCCCAGAACGCUGGUGUUGCCCUCGAGGCCAGCAAGGUCGCCUUGGCCGGUGUUGCCGGCAUGAUUGUCGUCGCUUUGAUGUAA